AAGGAUGCCACUGGAACCAGGUGUAUAAUUGAAGUUUAGCUCGCUAUAAACAAAGACUUUAAGAAACGUGUUCAACUUUAUGCUGCUAAGGCUUACUAAGGCAAUUAAAUAAAUCGGUUAAGGCUUGCUCAAUUAGACACUGAUUUAAAGAAAGUUUUCUUUAUUGUAAUUUCCAAUUGUAACUUACUCUCUAAAAAGGUUGAUUGUGUAUCUACUCAUAAUAUACAUGAUACAAAAACCAAUGGCUAUUACUUGAAAGAUUUUCAAUUUAUUUUUAUUGAACUACCUAAAUUGUCUAGGAGUAAAGUAGAGCAAUUAAUAAAUAUAGUAGAGCAUUGACGCUUCUUUUUUAAGAAUGCAGAGGAUACCACUGAAACAGAUGUAAAAGCUAGCAUACGAUGGGUUAGAUGAGUUCCGUUGGAAUGAAGAAGAUAAAAUAGCGUAUGAAGAAAGAGGAAUCUAAUGAAUCUACAGAAAGACAAAGCCAUCCUUGAAUAC